AUGUCAAGAUUGGAUCGAUUAGUUGUUUUAUUAGAAACGGGAUCCACUCCAUUCAUAAGGAAUACAGCGGCUGACCAAUUGUCGGAUUUGGCUAAAGGACAUCCAGAGGACACAAUUAAUCUUCUUGGACGGAUUUAUCCAUAUUUAAAAUCAAAUAAGUGGGAGACUAGGAUAGCGGCUGCGAGAGCCUUUGGUGGUAUUGUGAACCACUCUGAAGUAUGGGACCCGAAUUCAGAAGAUACAAUCAAGAAAGAAGAUUUAAGGGAUUCCAUUAUCAAGAAGGACGAAGAGGUGAAGAUCAAAAUUGAGCAAGACGAGGAAUUGAAAAAGCUUGAUGACAGUCAUUCUUAUUUCCUCAACUUUGACUCAUUCGAUUUGCAUGAAGUAUUGAAAAGCUCUACAAAGUUACUAGCAGCGGGAGAUGAUACUAUUGUUGAUUACGAUGAGAAUUCAAUGAUUGGCAAAAUUAAGAAACAAAAACAAUUCAAGCCUGAGGAACCUCUGGAUGAAGAGACUCCUGAACCUAUGAAAGGUGAAACUCCAGAUGUGAAGCAGGAACUACCAGUUAACGACAUAACGACCACUACUGGACCACCUGAGGUUGCUAGGGCAACUUCAAGUGCAAGAUUAAAGGCUAUGCAAAAGCGAAGAGCAAAGGUUAGUGCAAGGGCCGGAGCUAAUAGAAUAGCACCGGUAGAUCUUUCUCAAAGCUCUAUUUCACGGAAAUUAGUUGAAAAUGGUAAGGGGAAUGAUAUUAAAGAGGAAGGUCCCCAAUACGAUAUUACAUCUCAACAAGGAAAUCGUAAAUUAGUGGUCGAGACUAAAGCUCCUGAAUUAAGUCCUUUGCUCUUACAACAUGCCAAGGUCUCUGGUCUCGUAUGGGAAUUUCAAGGAGUCUUUGAACUUUUAUUAAGUGAUCUUUUCGAUGAGAAAUGGGAGAUAAGACAUGGUUCAGCUUUAGGUUUACGUGAGCUCAUGAAGAAGCAUGGUAAGGGAGCUGGACGAGUUCGAAAUAAAUCUAGGGAAGAAAAUGAUAAGAAUAAUAUGAAUACUUUAGAGGAUUUGGCCGUUAGGAUAUGUGCAUUAUUUGCAUUAGAUAGAUUUGGUGAUUACGUAUCUGAUACUGUCGUUGUUCCUGUUAGAGAAUCUGCAGCUCAGACUUUGGCUGCCUUGUUGAUUCAUCUUGAGGAUAAUGUCGUGCUCAAGACUUUUGAUUGCUUAUACAAUCUAGUAAUGCAAAAAGAUGAAGUUGUGAAACAAUGGGAGGCAAAGCAUGGUGGUAUGCUCGGGGUACGAUACUUUGUUGGAGUGAGAACUGAUAUUUUACUUAAAAAUCCGGGCCUAUUUGAUAAAGUUGUUGACAUGGUCUUACAUGGUCUUAAAGAAAGCGAUGACGAUGUUCAAUCAGUAGCUGCUUUAACCUUAUCCCCAAUCGUAUCUCAGUUUAUUGAGACCAAAAAUGAAUUAAUACAUACAUUAUUAUCUGUCAUAUGGGAUUGCUUGACGAAUCUAAGAGAUGACCUUUCCGCUUCUAUUGGAUCAGUAAUGGACUUGUUAGCAAAACUUUGUACACAUCAAGAAGUUAUUUUGGUAAUGCAAAAGGUUGCAGAAGAUGAUAGAACGAACUCUUUCGAAGAACUCGUCCCGAGAUUAUAUCCUUUCUUGAGGCAUUCGAUUACUAAUGUAAGGAAGUCUGUCCUAAAGACUAUAUUAGAAUUUCUUUAUUUGAAGGAUAAUAAAGAAUGGAUAAAUUCCAAAGCAUUGCGACUCAUAUUUCAAAACUUAUUAGUCGAACAAAAUAAAGAUGUUCUCAAUCUUUCUUUGAAAGUAUACUUUAAAUUGAUAGAGGAAAUUAAUUCAAAUAAUGAUCUGACGAAUUUAGACGAAAUAUUCAAUGAACAUUUCGAAGCACUUUUAUCCUUGUUAAUGACCCCCAUUGGAUUAGCUAGACAUAACUAUCAAAUGAAUACUAACCUAAUAAUGAGGCCCUCAGGUCAAAGUUUAGGUGCAAUCAAUGAUGAUAAACGUGGACGUAAGAGAAAGAGCAUUUCGGAACCCGAUAUCCCUCAUGACGACUUGAAAAUAAACAUCGAUGCUCCUAUAUUUAAUGGGGAUGUUAUGCUUGUUGGAUACGACACGUUCAUUAACAAUAGAACUUUUGCAUCCAUAGCAUUUGGAAAAACAAUCUCAUUUUUGACUGACGAUGAUCUCUUAUCCAAUAUUUUCAAUUUAAUUUUAAAGAAUUUAAAAUCCCUUCAUUUUACGGCAAGGCUUUUUAGUUCUAUGAUUAUAGAAGAAUAUUCGAAUUCUUUACGAGAACGAAGUCUACCAAUUCCCGAGAGUGCAGUUAAUUGCUUUUCAGGAGCAUUAAUGGAGUUGUUGUUGCAACAUGAUGAAUGUGUAUACUAUCGUGAAUUAGUCCCCAUUGUGAAAUCUGUAAGAACGACCUGCUUGCAGUUCUUCGAAGUUUUCGUUUCUGAAGGUAAAUUGCCUAUCAACAAAGUCCCCCAACUUCCCGUUGUUGUAAGGGGAGACUCAGAAGCUGGACCUGGUGCAUUUGGGCUUGAAAAUGCUAAUCAAAUUGUAACUGAAACGUAUCAAAAGUUAAGUAAGAGUCUAACUUCGGUUUACAGAUUAUCUGCUCACAGUGCGCUAGAAGAUGCUAAACACAGGGUGACAGUGGCAAUCGAUGAAGCGAAAGCUGCUUUGUUGAGUAGAUCUAUCAGUGUACUUGCUGGUUUUUCAGCUGCAAUUUUGUCACUCGUUGGUAUACCAAAGAAAUUGAAUCCUGUCAUAAGAUCACUCAUGGAUAGUAUAAAACAAGAAGAGAUUGACCUUUUACAAAAGAGAGCUGCAAAAUCAAUGGUCCACUUGAUUCAGGAGUUAAGUAGUGCCGGAAAGCAGGGCGCUUUGGAUAAAAUUGUCAAGAACUUAUGUGCUUUUUUGUGUGUGGAUACAUCAGAAGUUCCUGAAUUCCGUCAUAAUAUCAAAUUCAAGGACAACAUCUUAUCUUUGAGAAAAGAAGAAGCAAAAAGCGAUCCAUCUGAUAUAGCAGCACACGAGAAAGCUGUCCAUCAGGCUCGUUUAAAGCGUAAUGGUGCUGCUAGUGCUUUACUGGAACUAUUGAGAGUUUAUAAGGGUGAUCUCUUCGAAAAGAUUCCAAAAUUAAAAGAUAUAAUGCUAGAGCCCUUGAAACAAUUGAAUAAUAUUGAUGAGAAUGACGAAGCAAAGGGUCAAAGCGUUAUCGAUGCUUUGGGAGUCUUGAGGUCAUUAUUGCCUGAACUUGAUGAUAGUCAUUAUCCUACUAUUGUUGAUCAAUUUCCCUUGUUGCAUUGGGGUUUUGUUUCCGAAUUUUCAGUUUUUAGAUAUGCGACUGCAAAAUGCUUUGCAACUAUCUGUUCUGUGAUUCCGAGUAAAGGGUUUGUUUAUUUGAUAAAGUCGGUCCUUCCUUUGUUGAACAAUGCAGGUGAAGUUAGGGAGAGACAAGGUGCAAUUGAAACAAUCUAUCAUAUAUGUAGCACAAUGGGCUCUGAUAUUUUGCCAUAUAUUGUGUUCUUGAUUGUUCCAGUUUUAGGUCGCAUGAGUGAUUCGGAUCCUGAUGUACGAAUAAUCGCUACUACGACGUUUGCUUCUAUCAUUAAACUUGUACCCUUGGAAGCAGGUAUAUCAGACCCGGAAGAUAUGCCAAAAGAAAUAUUAGGUGAUAGAGAUAGAGAAAGAGAAUUUAUCCAGCAAAUGAUGGAUCCAACAAAAAUCAAACCAUUUGCAUUACCUGUUAGCAUCAAAGCAACUUUACGAAAGUAUCAACAAGAAGGUGUUAACUGGUUGGCAUUCUUAAACAAGUAUCACUUGCAUGGUAUUUUGUGUGACGAUAUGGGACUUGGCAAGACUCUACAAACGAUAUGCAUCGUUUCAUCUGACCAUUACAUCAGAUCUGAGAAGUUCAAGGAAACAAAUUCUGUUGAAUUUACACGUUUGCCAUCAUUAGUGAUUUGCCCUCCAUCUUUAACUGGUCACUGGGAGCAGGAGCUAGAUCAGUAUGCUCCAUUUAUGAAAGUUGUCGUUUAUGCUGGUGGACCGUCUGCAAGAUCAUUCCUUCGUCCACAAAUAAAAGAUGCCGAUGUUGUUGUUACAUCUUACGAUGUAUCUAGAAAUGACGUUGAAAUUCUAUCCUCCUAUGAUUUUAAUUAUUGCAUUUUAGAUGAGGGACAUAUCAUUAAGAAUGCUGCUUCUAAAUUGACUAAAUCUGUGAAAAGAAUAAAGUCUAAGCAUAGGUUAAUAUUAUCAGGAACGCCUAUCCAGAACAAUGUUCUAGAACUUUGGUCAUUGUUUGAUUUCUUGAUGCCAGGAUUUUUAGGAACAGAAAGAGUUUUCCAAGACAAAUUCGCAAAACCCAUUGCAGCUAGCAGAAAUAGUAAGACAUCUUCAAAAGAACAGGAAGCAGGGGCCUUGGCACUAGAGUCGUUGCAUAAGCAAGUAUUGCCUUUUAUGCUAAGAAGACUUAAAGAAGAUGUCCUCUCAGAUUUACCUCCCAAGAUUAUUCAAGAUUACUAUUGUCAACUCAGUGACCUUCAAUUGCAGCUUUACAAGGAUUUCGCUAACAAGCAAAAGUCAACUGUUCUGGAAGAAGUGAAGAACAGUGAAGGUAAGAAACAUGUUUUCCAGGCCUUGCAAUAUAUGAGAAAGUUGUGUAAUCAUCCUGCUUUAGUCGUUUCUCCUAACCAUCCAGGUUUUGCCAAAGUAUCUAAAUUUUUGCAAUCUAGAAACUUAGGAUUGAAGGAUAUUGAGAAUGCCCCGAAAUUGCAAUCCUUGAGAACACUUUUAUUGGAAUGUGGGAUCGGAGUCGAUGACAGUGAUUACUCAUCCAAAAGGAAGCAAUCUUUUUCUCCCGAAAGCGUCAUUUCGGAUCAUAGAGCAUUGAUAUUUUGUCAGUUGAAAGAUAUGUUGGACAUCGUUGAAAAUGAUUUGUUGAAGAGAUAUUUACCUUCAGUAACCUAUAUGCGUUUGGAUGGAAGUACUGAUCCUCGUGAAAGGCAGAACAUUGUCAGGAAGUUUAACGAGGAUCCAUCAAUUGAUGUUUUGUUACUAACAACUAAAGUUGGUGGUCUCGGACUUAACUUGACGGGCGCAGAUACAGUCAUUUUCGUUGAACAUGACUGGAAUCCUAUGAAUGAUUUGCAGGCAAUGGACCGUGCUCAUAGAUUAGGGCAGAAAAAAGUUGUUAAUGUUUAUAGAUUAAUCACGAAAGAUACUUUGGAAGAAAAGAUUAUGGGUUUGCAAAAGUUCAAGAUGAAUAUUGCUUCUACAAUCGUCAAUCAACAAAAUGCUGGUUUAUCUUCUAUGGACACUAAUCAACUUUUGGAUUUAUUUGAUGUGAAUGAUACAGCUACAGCUGCCACUAAUACAACCAAAGAAGAAGAGAAGGAGAACCAGCCCAACAAUAAUCAAGUUCCAGGCGACGUCACCGGAGGUCUAACUGGUAAGGCUGCCGGUGCUGUUGGUGAAUUGGCUGAUUUAUGGGAUGAAUCACAGUAUGAGGAUGAAUAUAAUCUUGAUGCUUUCAUCAAAACACUUAAAUGA